AUGCAUCAUGAGUGGUCAGGAGAUUGUGAUCUAGGUGAUGGUAAAUUAGAUGCUCUUUACAAAGAAUAUACUUCUAGAAGGAAUUUCUAUCAAGGUCUUGGAGUGAAGAACAGAAAACCCAACUUGCAUGAUGAUCUCAGUAAAGUUAUUUCUGCUUUGGACAAGGACUUAAAAUUCUUACAAGAUGGUGAAAAAGAAGCUUAUAAAAGCUACUCCACCAAGCAGAAGCAGUUGAAUACAUCUGAAGAUAGCUUGUUUGCCUUAGCUUGGACAUGUGAAGGCUUCAAAACACUUAUUGGCAUGAACAAAUAUUUAAAGUCAACAGCUUGCAACAUUCAGAGCAGAUUGCUAAGAAAUUCAUUGCUGGUAAUGUCCAAAAAAAAUGUUGGGCAUUUUCGUAACAGCCUUUUGAAGUAUGUUCAAUCCCUUUAUCCAAAGAAAAGAGAAGCAGCAUCCCAUAUGAUGGUUUCAAUGGUUGCUGAUAAGAAAAGAAAUUUUAAACCAUAUGCUCUGCCAGUUCAAUUCUUGCCAUAUCACAGUGUUACUGAUGCAAAACUCAGAGAAUUGUUUGGCGAUCUAAGAAAAUGCAUGGUCAAUCUAGGAAUGACUGUUGGUGAGUUUUUAAAACACAUAUAAUAUUAAUUAAUAUGUAAUUAUUGAUAUGAAAAAAAUAAAUUCAUGUGUGCUUGAGUAAAACAGAACCACUUGCACACUGUGAUUGAAUUAGGCUUCUGUUGUUGCUCAAACCUGAAAAUGAGUUCUGCCAAGUACAUCCCAAUAAAAGGCAAAUGUGCCUAAUGUACCUUAAUGCCUGUGGCUAAUAUAUUAAAUUUAUAUAAUUCUCUUUUAGGUUGUUCAAUAUUUAAAUAGGUUAAAUAAUUUAACUUAAACGUUUCUAUUGGAUCACUAAUUCAUUAUACUAAGACACAAUGCAUUUAUUGACCUUGCAUAAAACUGCAUAAGCGCACAGAAAAAGAUAGCACAAACACGCACUUUAGCCAAGUUUCCAGACCAGAUGGCUAUUGACUAGUCUAUUUGGUUGCAUUGUUUAAGAAAAAGUUGAAAUAUCGAGCCUUGAUUGUUUUUCCACUCAUGAUAGCCUCCAAACGUUAAGCCUAACUUUUUACCCAAGAGGCAAAGUCAAAAAUAUCCGAAAAAACUUGAUUAAUUAAACCUUGUACUAUCAAUAUACAAUAUGCAGAAAUUUCAUAUGAAAGUUACAAACUGCUUCAUAUAUCCUUACAGGCUUUGUCACAGAUGGUGAAUUUAACUCGCUUCGGACCAUGGGAACACACAGGCCUAUUUCUACAAUAGAAAUAAUUAAGGAAGCGAAAGCUGAAGCUCGUGCAACUGAUGUUAGAAUCAUAAGGAAAUAUCUAACACCUUUACAAUUGCCAGGUACAGUAUUUUAUUUAGUUUUUGGCAAAUGACACACGUAACAACACAAACGGAAAGCUAUGAUAUAACAGGUUUAAAUUUUUAAUUUCCUUUUGGUAUGUCAUGACUGUCCUACAAUGCCAAUGCUGUAUGCAUUUUGGGGAAAAUAACAUUACUGAAAGGAUUUUUGUACUGCUGUAGAUGAAGCUCGAGUAUUUCAAUUCGGUUACUAGGUAUGUUCUGGAGCAUGAAGCCUGUUUAUUUUGUCAGACUCACAAAGAUUUAAACCUUUUUUUUUUCAGGUGUGGAUGGCUGUCCAAGUAUUACAACUGCUUUGACUCAUCAAGCUGUCCCACAUGAUGAUAUUAUUUGGUUGUAUGAGUUCAUGAAUCCAGAAAAUGGCACAAAGGUUGCAUUUGAUAAGCCAUUCACAUUUUGA